CACCCAUCGGCUCGCGGAUGUUUUGUCCGUGUCGCAUCUUCAGAUGCUCGAUCUGAUCCAAGUAUCCAACAAGACAACUCGUCUACCUUCUUCUCCUCGUGCUCGCCGCCCGCGGAGAAGCCGCCUCCGCACGAGCUCCUCCUCCUCGCACCCAUGGCAGCAUUAUCAGCGAAGACCAUACAAAAUGCAUUCUUGGCACAAGAUGAUACACGGUCUAGGCACAACACAAGACAUGCCUGUGACUUUUGUACCCUCAAUACCCGCAGCAUGCAUUCCUUCCAGGGAUGUAGAUUAACAUUGGCUGAUACUGCCAAGUGGUUAAAUACCACAUCAACAGCAUGGAUUAGCUUCCGGAAACAAGCAAAUGUUAGUUUCAAUGCUACUCAAGGCACCAGUGCUGUCUCAUCCUCUGAGAAAGUUGAUUUUCUCAAGCUCCAAAAUGGCAGUGAUAUUCGUGGUGUUGCCAUUGCUGGAGUUGAAGGUGAGCCUGUCAACAUCACUGAGCCUGGCACAGAAGCUAUAUCUGCUGCGUUUGCUGAAUGGUUACUAAACAAGAAGAAAGCAGACGGAUUGAGACGUUUAAGAAUCUCUGUAGGACAUGAUUCACGAAUUUCCGCACAUAAAUUGCAGAAUGCAGUCACUCAUGGAAUCACCGCUGCAGGACAUGAUGUUCUACAGUUUGGAUUGGCUUCAACACCAGCGAUGUUCAACAGUACACUUACGGAAGACGAGAUACAUCAUUGCCCAGCUGAUGGAGGCAUAAUGAUAACCGCGAGCCAUCUACCCUACAAUCGGAAUGGUUUUAAGUUUUUUACAAGUGAUGGUGGGUUAAAUAAGGCUGAUAUCAAGGAUAUCUUGGAGCGUGCUUCUCGAUUAUAUGAGGAAUCUGCACAUGGUGGCAAACAAGAACAGACGGGUGUUGUGACAACUGUGGACUACAUGUCAAUCUAUGCUUCUGAUCUGGUGAAAGCAGUUCGGACAUCUGCCGGAAACAAAGAAAAACCAUUGGAGGGACUGCACAUAGUCGUUGACGCAGGGAAUGGAGCAGGUGGAUUUUUUGUGGAUAAGGUACUCAAACCAUUAGGAGCUGUUACUAGUGGGAGCCAAUUCCUGGAGCCUGAUGGUUUAUUUCCCAAUCAUAUUCCGAAUCCUGAGGAUAAAGCUGCAAUGGAAGCCAUUACACAAGCGGUGCUUAAUAACAAGGCAGACUUAGGCAUCAUAUUUGAUACUGAUGUCGACAGGUCUGCUGCUGUUGAUUCCAGUGGUCGUGAGUUGAACCGCAACCGAUUGAUUGCUUUGAUGUCUGCCAUAGUUCUUGAGGAACAUCCAGGAACCACUGUUGUGACAGAUAGUGUGACAUCAGACGGGCUGUCUGCAUUUAUUGAGAAUAAACUUGGAGGGAAGCAUCACCGAUUCAAGCGAGGGUACAAGAAUGUAAUAGAUGAGGCUAUUCGUCUGAAUUCUGCUGGUGAGGAAUCACAUUUGGCGAUGGAAACAAGUGGCCAUGGAGCACUGAAAGAGAAUCACUGGCUCGAUGAUGGAGCAUAUCUUAUGGUUAAACUUUUGAAUAAACUUGCUGGUGCCAGAACAUUGAAUCCAAACAUUGGUAGUAAAGUUUUGACUGAUUUGGUUGAGGGCCUGGAGGACGCUGCCGUGACAGCGGAGAUAAGGUUGAAGAUUGAUCAGAGUCAUGCAGAUUUGAAAGGAGGAUCCUUCCGUGACUAUGGAGAAUCAAUCUUGAAGCAUUUGGAGAAUGUGAUCAGUAAAGACCCCAACCUCAACAAAGCCCCAAAGAAUUACGAAGGCGUUAGGGUUUCUGGAUAUGGUGGCUGGUUCUUGUUGAGGCUAUCCCUCCAUGACCCAGUUCUUCCCCUGAACAUUGAGGCACAAAGCAAGGAUGAUGCCAUUAAGCUUGGGCUUGCGGUGCUUGCUGCCACGAGUGAAUUCUCAGCGUUGGACACGACUGCAUUAAACAAGUUUUUGCAGCAAUGAAGCAUAGCAGACUUUUUUAUGGUUUUUUCAUCGUGGGUGUCAAGAGUUUGAUUUAGAUACAAGGCAACUGUAUUUACAAAAAAAAACUUGUUUUUAAUGUUCACACACAUAUAUAUAUACUCUUGGCCUCUGUUUGGUUAGAAAGCACCAAAUAGGCGAAAUCAAAAUUUUCUGUGUCUUACAGCAGAUGACAAAGCAAUUGUCAAGAAUCUUACAUACUGGUAUGGCUGCAUGGAUGUGUGUCCUUGAAUUUUAGGUAAAUGUUCAUUCAUGCCAUUACUUAGUUGAA